GAAGAGAAGUACGUGGGUACUUGCCAUCUACCUAUCACUUUCCCCACCAGCAGAGGUACCUUAACGGGUUUUUUCCCCCCCUUGACAAGCUGCUAGCACUCUCUCCGCUGCCUACCUACUACAACAUCCAAAAACCCGGCAUACCGCGAUCGUGCUCUCGACGACACGCACUUCACAACCUAGUACUCCGUCCUCCCCGUAGCAGCCCAUCAGAAUGUCUGCUGCGCAGCUUCUCAACCCUAAAGCUGAGUCUCGGCGGCGGGGCGAAGCUCUGCGGGUCAACAUCAGCGCCGGCGAAGGUCUGCAAGAUGUUCUCAAAUCCAACCUCGGCCCGCUGGGCACUAUCAAAAUGCUGGUCGAUGGUGCCGGACAGAUCAAACUUACCAAGGAUGGCAAUGUUUUAUUACGAGAGAUGCAAAUACAAAACCCUACCGCCGUCAUGAUCGCUAGGGCAGCCACCGCCCAGGACGACAUCUGCGGAGACGGCACGACGUCGGUGGUCUUGCUGGUGGGAGAGCUUCUCAAGCAGGCCGAUAGAUACAUCGCCGAGGGCCUCCAUCCUCGCAUCAUAACUGAGGGAUUCGAGAUUGCCAAGAACGAGUCCCUGAAGUUUCUUGACUCGUUCAAGCUUCCGAAAGAAGUCGAUCGGGAGCUCCUCCUGUCCGUCGCCCGAACGUCGCUAUCCACGAAGCUCAACGCGACCCUCGCCGAGAAGCUUAACGCCGCUAUUGUCGACGCUGUCUUAGCCAUCUAUCAACCCCCCGCGAAACCCGACUUACACAUGGUAGAGAUUAUGAAGAUGCAACACCGCACAGCCUCUGAUACCCAGCUCAUCCGCGGCCUUGCGUUAGAUCACGGUGCCCGACAUCCAGAUAUGCCCAAGAGACUAGAAAAUGCGUACAUCCUUACUAUGAAUGUUAGCUUGGAGUACGAGAAGUCGGAGAUCAACUCAGGCUUCUUCUAUUCGAGCGCGGAGCAGCGUGACAAGCUGGUCGAGAGCGAGCGUAAAUUCGUCGACGCCAAGUUGAAGAAGAUAGUGGAGCUGAAAAAGCAGGUCUGCCCCGACGAUUCCAAGAGCUUCGUGAUCGUGAACCAGAAGGGUAUCGACCCGCUUUCCCUGGACGUGCUGGCCAAGAAUGGUAUAUUUGCCUUGCGGAGGGCCAAGAGGAGAAAUAUGGAGCGGCUGCAACUGAUCUGCGGCGGUGUCGCCCAGAACAGUGUGGAAGACCUCUCGCCCGAGGUUCUUGGCUGGGCUGGCUUGGUGUACGAGCAGCAGCUAGGCGAGGAGAAAUAUACCUUCAUCGAAGACGUAAAGGACCCCAAGUCCGUAACGCUGUUAAUCAAGGGUCCCAACGCCCACACUAUCACCCAGAUUACCGACGCCGUUCGCGACGGUUUGCGGAGUGUAUACAACACGAUCGUCGACAAGAGUGUCGUCCCAGGCGGUGGCGCUUUCCAGGUUGCCUGCGCGGCUCACUUAAAAAGCGACGCCUUCAAGAAGACGGUCAAAGGCAAGGCCAAGUGGGGCGUCGAUGCUUUCGCGGACGCGCUCCUGAUCAUCCCGAAGACGCUUGCGGCAAAUGCUGGUCACGACAUUCAGGACGCACUCGCCUCCCUCCAAGACGCGUACGCGGACGGCGACGUCGUAGGUCUGGACCUGAUCCUGGGCCUGCCCAUGGACCCGACGCUGGAGGGCGUCUACGACUCGUUCCGCGUUCUGCGGAACUGCGUUGCUUCUUCGUCGAGCAUCGCGUCGAAUCUCCUGCUCUGCGACGAGAUGCUCAAGGCCCGCCAGAUGGGGCGGCAGGGCCUCCCAGGUGCCGGAGCCGACGGGGCCGAGGAGUGAUAGCGAGCGGGAAGGUGGUGGAAGUAAAACGCGAUGGCAACGGCCGAUGCCAUUGUAUGUUAGACGCAAAAGGAUGGACCUGGAAACCGAACCUGGCGUGUUUUCAAUACAUAGAAAUGUACAGGGUUGUGAGGCGCUUUUGGGAGAGGGGAGGAAAGGGUGUGCGUUUUGGCGGCGGUUCCUUUCGUGGCCUCGCUGCCUUAAUCGUAAGGCACGCAAGACGAGUUGAAAGGUAAACCUAGUUGAUCAAUUGAAGGUGUAAAAACUAAACUGCUAAAAGGGCUUAAAUACAGCGUUUUACGAACAGUU